AAAUAGGUGGUAUUAGGUGAGGCAAAUGCAAACGGUACAGUAAGGAAGAGAAAAGGAGGACAAACCUGAAAGAGUUGCAAUGUAUAAAAGAGGAACAAAAUCGGUUUCCUUUUUGCUGUUGGCACUUCUUUGGGACAGUGGUUAUGUCUUAACUAUAAAACGAGGCGAUACUGCAGCCCAUGUGAAUCUCACGGCAUUUUGUUGUCCACCCAAACGAUGUAACGUGGAUGGCUUUAAUGAUUGGUUCAAAGUGGACAAAUACUGCGUCAAAUACUUCAGCAAACCUCUAAACUUCACUGACGCAGAGAAAAGCUGUAGAAGAACAGUCCCUGGUGGACAUCUGGUGUCAGUGCACAAUGCCAGGGCUAAUAAUGAUUUGCUCUCCAUUGUGAAGAUGAAGAACCCAAGAAACUUGCGCAUGUGGCUCGGGGGAUAUGAAUUAUUUCAGUCUGGUAAAUUUCUUUGGACGGAUGGUUCCUUCUGGGACUAUGCUGUUUGGACACCCGGUGAGCCCAUAAACAUCUACUCCAACAGAGAAGAAUGCGUGGAGAUGAACUGGAAAGUUAUUGGCAAAUGGAAUGAUCACGGUUGUAACAAUAAAAAAGGCUACAUAUGUGCCUUCAAACACUGGGGCAUCAUUGAUGAGUAGACUGAGACCAUAAAACAUUCAGCGUAAAUGUUUUCUCCUCUGCAUCAAAAAAAACAAAAAAAAAAUCUCC